AGUGUUGAAGAAAUUAGUCGAAGAAAAAUAAUCAAAAUGUCCACAGUGGAAACACAGGUGCAAAGCCCGAUCGAGGGCUGUGAUGUGGUGAACGGGAAUCAAACGGCAACCAUACUGCAGCUAGCGAUGGCUGCCCUGCGGCUCACUAAAGCGGCCGGUACGGAUGGCAACAGUAAUGGCCACCAGCAGCGACUACGGCCGCAGAUUACGCUCAGUGAGGUGGCUUAUCAUGAUUGUUAUGACGAUUGCUGGAUCGUGCUGUACGAUCGUGUGUAUGAUAUUACGAAUUUUCUCAGAUUGCACCCCGGUGGACAUGAUGUGCUGGUGGAGAAUGCUGGACGUGACGCUACCAUCGCCUUCCUCAAUGCUGGCCACUCCGGGAUGGCGCUCAAGUCUCUGAAGCUCUACGAAAUUGGAGAACUUCCACCGAACGAGUGUAUUUACAGGUGUACGGGGAAGCUGUCCCUAACGAACCUGCCCGACUAGAC